AUGGAGUUGAGGAAGCCAAAAUGUUUUUCCUGGUUAACGUUCAGUAGGAUGAAGAAUGAUUCCGACGAUUAUAUUUCAUUGCCAUACUCAUGUCCACCAUCAAAGGAGAAAUUGAUUGAUGAAAUCGCCAGAAAGCCUGCCGGAUGGAAGGCGACGCGAUACAUUUUAGCAAAUACAUGUUUUGAGAGAUUAGCAUCAAAUGGUUUGGCUGCAAACUUUAUGGUGUAUUUUGGAAGAGAGUAUCACAUGGAUCAAGUUCAGGCUGCAACUAUCCUCAACACUUUCUUUGCUGCAAUCAAUUUUAUGCCUAUCAUUGGUGCCUUUGUUUCCGAUACGUUUAUCGGCAAGUUUUGGACCAUCACCUUUGGAUCCUUUGCCUCUCUUCUGGGAAUGCUGAUUAUGAUGAUGACGGCAAUGUUACCGAUGCUGCGUCCUCCACCUUGCACCCAAGAACAGCAACAGUUAAGCCAAUGUGCAGUCUCCAACAACACUCAGAUCGGUUUUCUCGUUUUGGGGUUAGUUUGGAUAGCCAUAGGUGCUGGUGGUAUAAGGCCCUGCAGCAUCCCCUUCAGUAUGGAUCAAUUUGAUUUAAGCACAGAAGAAGGAAGAAGAGGGACAAACGGCUUCUUCAGCAUGUACUACACCACUCAAACUAUUGUCAUGUUGAUUGCUACAACUCUUGUGGUUUAUGUCCAAGAAUCUGUUAGCUGGACUUUGGGAUUUGCCAUCCCCGCCUUUCUUAUGGUUUGUGCCAUCAUCCUGUUCUUUGUAGGGAAGAAAAUUUACGUCUUUGUAAAGCCAGAAGGAUCCAUGUUUUCCGGUAUUCUGAGAGUAUUUGUUGCAGCUUACAAUAAACGACACUACAUGCUAUCACCUGAUGGAAAGACAGAUGUGACUCUCUAUGAUCCUCCGACAUAUGGGAAUACACAAUCCAAACUUUCCCUCACUAAUCAGUUCAGGUUAUUGAACAAAGCUGCUAUAGUUGAGGCAUGUGAUGUAAAACCUGAUGGUUCUUGCUCGAAUCAAUGGAGGCUAAGCAGCAUUCAGCAGGUCGAAGAAGUAAAAUGUCUUGUAAAGGUUUUAACAAUAUGGAUAUUCACAAACAUUGGCUUCAUUACCGUCGCUCAACAAUCAACCUUUACAGUGUCACAAGCCUUAAAAAUGGACAGGCAUAUUGGUUCCAAAUUCGAAAUUCCGGCUGGUUCGGUGUGUAUAAUGUCACUGAUCACAAUUGGAACAUGGUUACCAUUUUAUGAUCGAUUCAUCAUGCCGGCUCUUGAGAAAGUCACCAAGAAUGAAGGCGGGAUUACGCUUCUCCAGAAAAUCGCAUUGGGGCAGUUUUUUGCAGUUCUGACAAUGAUAUUCUCCGGAUUGAUGGAGACCAAAAGAAGGGGUUUGGCUAAUUUGGAAGGUGAACAGAUUUCAGUGCUGUGGUUAGCUCCUCAACAAAUCCUUGUAGGCUUAUGUGAGAUGUAUCUGAUGGUUGGCCUUGGAGAAUUUUGUAACAAAGAAUUUCCUGAUAGUAUGAGAAGCAUUGGCAAUUCUCUGCAAUUCCUCACUAGCACCGUCGCGAGCUAUUUGAGCAAUGUGAUCAUCAACAUUGUAAGUGACACCACCGGAAAGAAUGGCCAGCCCCAAUGGUUGACUGAUGAUGUUAAUACAAGCAGAUUGGAUUAUUUCUACUUCCUACUUGCAGGCCUGAUAGCCUUGAAUUUCGUUUUCUUCAUGUUCUUCGCCAAUCGAUACCAUUACAAGUCCAACGUCAAAAAAUAUUCUCCGUAG